AUGAGCUCUCCGGCAAAACCACCCACUAGGACGUUUUAUAAUCAUUCGAAUGAUCCCUGGUUCAAGAACCAAUCCAUUGAAUCCUGUGUCACCGUAAAACCAGUACCUGAUUACUUGAAGCAGAGGCAAGGUAAGUUUGGAGAUAAUAAGCCAUCAUCUAAAGAUGAGAGAACUCAAAGGAAGUUGGAGAUAUCUUUAGAUCCACUUGAUCCAGCAAAUUCGUCGAAACACAUGGGAGGUCCAAAGGCUUUUGGUUCUCUUCCUGUUCCUGUCGUGUAUUUGCCUGAUGUUGCCGUCAAGAACCAAGAACAAGACUGGACAAUCCCUCCUUGUUUCUCGAGUUGGGUAAAGCCGGAAGGUUGUCCAGCUACUCUUGAACUACGCCUUGACUCUUACGAAAGAUACCUAUAUCAUGUUGAGAUCAAUGAUAACUUUGGCAAGGUUGCAAAAGUGCUCAUAGAUUAUUACGGAUAA